AUGAAAGGGAGUAUGAGCUUGCUCCUUCCAUUAUUCUUCUUGUUUGGUACGGGAUUUUGUCUUUUCGAAGAUCAAAUUGGAAAAUGGGAUUGGUAGGUUAUAAUGGUAACAUUUAGUAACAAAUUCAGGAAAUUUGAUGGUAUUGGAUGCCUUGUUGACGUUCAUUGCUCAAGGAGGGCUGACGGUGGCGAUAUUUUAGUGGUUUCAACUGUGAAGAAUGUAAUUGCGUCUGUUAACCUGAAUUCAGGAGGCCUAGGUAGGUUUAUAACUUCGCUAUGUUUCCAACUCAUUGAGUUCAGUUUGGCGACAACUCAACGAAGAAAAACCACAGGCUUCUCCUCAAAUUUUUGUUGACGGAAAUGGUAAGUUUCGAAUACUUGUGCAAUUUGUUUUGUGUUAAGAUGUGGUGACUCUUUUAAAUGGUGGUGAAUAUAUUCGGGUCUUUGACGUAAACACUGGUGGUCUAAAAUCUCAGAAGAGACUCUCCGUCAGUAGAUUGGCGUAAGUUCGGAGUUUUAAUUUGAAUGCGUUUGUUUUUUAGGGUAGACCAUCUUGCUAAAUUUGAGAAUGCCAUUUUUGUGCUUCUGAAAAACGAAUUGAAAGCCUUCGAAGCUGGAGACUCCCCCAUUUGGAGCAAAACUUUAGAUGCGGAUAUUGAAUGGAACCGGGUAUUUGCUAUAGGAAAGGAGAUUGUGGUUAUUGGAAAACAAAAAACUGGGAAAUUGGUAACAAAAACAUUUAGUGUAGAAGGAAAUCAACUCAAUUCUGAUUCCAACUUUGACAUUCUUUUGGAUGGGUAGGUUACUUCAACCUGAGUAGUUUGAGCUCUUUGUUCAUCCAUAAUAAGAAAGUUUAGCGUUGUGUAUUCCGACCGAUCGUUGGCCGUUUUGAAUGGAGGUAAUCUAAAGGCUGUUUUCUUCAAGAACGGUGGAGAACGGGCUGGUUUUACCUUAAAGUCUGCUGCCGGAGAACUUCAAUCUCUUGGGCAAAACUUCUACUUAUUAAAAAGCUCCGGUGGCUGGAAUUUUGUUGAAGUUACCGAAAAUGGAAUUCAGGAACAUCAAAAGACAAAUGCUGGGGAUAAGGCCACAAUGACAUUAAACUCAGCUCGCGAACCAAUCUUUGCUGUCUACUAUGAAGCUAAAAAGAAGUUAAGAAUCCUGCGCAACUCCGAGACUUUUGAUUUGGAUAUUGAGAACAAGGAUCAGGCCCCGGUUCAGAAGAUUGCUUUAAUAAGUUCUGAAGAUCGAAAACAAUAUCAAAUUAUUCUGAUAAGGAAGGAUUGCCGGAUCGAUUUCUUUGAGGGCCGAAAAACGUCCAGAAUUCCUACUUUGGAAUGGAGUCGGUUUGAAGGGCUGACUUCGAUUAGUUCCGUCGAGAUGGUUGACUUGCCCUUGUCUGAUGCCCAGGCAACUAUUGAAUCUGAAUUUAGUGCAGUUGAUGGUACGUAUAUUUUCUUGAUUGAUUCUAUUUUUAGCUCCCUUAUGGAAGUCUUUUCUUCUUCGCAUCUACGGACAGUCCGAACAGUUGAGACACACAGUUCUUUCGUUCGUCCAUCGACUUUUCACAUCUCUGGAAGCAGUCUCAGGAGGACGGAGCUCAGUGACUGUUGUUCUUCGGGAUCUCUUUGGUCUGAAUCUGAUUUCAUCGAGAACGCUGCAUCCUGGAUCCUUCAUUGGGGCCGACAAAGACAAAAUCGGGAUGGAAAGGGAUUACUUUAAUCUAAGAAAGGUUGUUGUUGUAAGCACUCUGGAUGGAUCGGUGUAUGGCAUCCACAAUGAUCAUGGGGUCAUUUUGUGGUCUCUUUAUCUGGGCACUCAGUUUGAACCUUUAAAGACGCAAUUGGGUGAAAAGAAGGUCCCGUUGUUCCUCCAAAGGUCUACAUCACAUUAUCAAUAUGAUGCACAGGCGGCUGUUGUUCACAAUUUGAAGGUAAUUUUGUUUUAUUUUUUCGAAGCUAAACGUUUAUAUUUUAGGGAGAUAAAAAGACGCGGGUUGUGUUAUUUGACCCAGUUUCUGGUGAGGUUCAGAACUCUCACACCUUUAAUCAACUUCGAAGAGUUGAGUUGUCUCCGUUUGUGAAUGAUCAGCAGCUGAAUCCGCUUCUCUUGGUGGAUGUCACCGAAAAGAUUCAAUUCUUGCCUCCUUUACCUUCUUCAUUCCAAUCUAUUCAAUCUCUACAUCUAUUUAAUAUCCAAGUCGAUGACGGUUUAUUGAGUGGAGGGCGGGUUAACACAACUACAAAUUCAUUUGUUAACUUGUGGGAGACAAGGCUGAAUCUGGGUCCGGAUGAAAAGAUUAAGGCUGUUCAGGGAAAGCCUCCAAAUCGUAGGUUUUUUUUCUGAUUCCCAACUUGACUCUUUUACUUUGUGAUCUACCGUAUCCUUUACAGAGAAAGUCCAUAGUCAAGGAAAAGUUUUGGGCGACAGAAAUGUUUUAUACAAAUACUCGAACCCCAAUUUAAUUGCGAUUCUGACCGUGGACCGAGCACAUACUACUCUCACAUUAUAUCUUGUUGAUGUUGUCACUGGGGAAAUAAUCCAUGUUGCAAAGCAUGAUCGGGCUUAUGAACCGGUUACACUAUUACACUGUGAAAAUUGGGUUGCGGUAUGUUAAUAUUACGACUGACUUUGAUAUUGUAAUGUUUUAGUACACAUACUGGAACGAGAAGGCUCGGAGGACAGAGAUUGGAGUGGUCGAGCUGUACGAAGGUAUGGAACAAACUAAUGGAAGGUACUUUAAUUCAUACACGGGUCUCAAGAAUCCAUUGGAAGUUAUUUCUAAAUCAUUUGUUUUCCCUCAAGGAGUCAGCGCGAUUGGAGCCUCCGAUACUGGCAAGUUAUUUUUGACGUGUGUGUGAAAAAUAUUUUUAGAGCUUGGCUUAACUACCAGAUCUGUAUUGAUCGCCAUGCCUUUUGGUGGUGUAAUGGAAGUGUCUAGGAGGGUUCUGGAUGCCAGAAGACCCUUGGAAAUGACAGCUGAGCUCAGGGAAGAGAUGGUUAUCCCUUAUAUCCCCGAGAUCCCUAUUGCUACGGAAGAUUUGAUCAAUUAUAAUCAGACCGUCCUCCAAGUCAAAGGAAUCAAAACUUCGUAAGUUUUUCUUUGAUUUAUGAGAAAGUGAGGCCAUCUGUAAAACUAAUGGUAACUCUGGUUUAAAUAUUGAACAAAUUUUAGACCGUCGGGGCUAGAAUCAACUAGCUUAAUGUUUGCUUAUGGGUUGGACUUGUUCUACACUCGAUUAACGCCUUCAGGCACUUUCGAUAUUCUAAAAGAUGACUUUGAUUACAUCCUGAUUUCGUUGGUAAUGAUUGCCCUGGUGGUAGCCAGUGUGGUGUGUAAGAGGUUAUCGCGGUAUCAAACUCUCAAACAGUCGUGGGCUUAA